AUGCACACUAGAGACGCGUUUUCUGGCCCGGCGGGCAGGCUGCAUGUCGCAGCUGCAUUCCUCCCGACCGGCUUGUUGGUGGAUUCGCCGGGUGCGACUCUCCACCGCAGCUCCGUACCACGCCGUGUCACGAGAACCAAGCUACUGUGUGUAGAGCUUGAUCGUCGUCGACAUGUAGAUGCCGGCAUAGGAAGAACGAUGAAUGUUGAGUUCGAGCUCCGUGGUUCGGCCGGAGUCGUCCCUUCGGCCAACAACUCUGCAUCUCUUGGAUCUUGCUCCCGCUCCAGCUCCGUCCGAAUCAACCGUAAGACAGAUUGCGCCACAUCGAGUCCCCCAUCGCCCGCGUCACAACAAGAUUCCAUCAAGUCUGACGAGGUUUUUGAAAAUGUCGACCUUUCUUCCGGUCUCGACGGUCUGCACAUUAACGGCGUCGAGGCUUGGAAUACUUUAAGCAGCAUGGCUGUUUUAGGAUCAGAGCCCAACAACGGCGACUCCCAUGACGAUCUCAUUCCGUUCCCUCGGAUCUCAGUGGAUGGCAGCGACGAUGACGACCAUGAGCUUUCGGACUCGGACACUUCCUCCAAACGAGGUCCAUUUCACAAAUGGAUGAGAACUCUCCAUCGACGCGCCAAGCAGCGGCCACGGCCUAUGAAUGGGGAUGGUUCCCUACCUUGGAAGCUUCUGGACUCGGCUGAUAGGUCAGCACUUUCUCGGAGGACUCGCCACAGGAGGUCAUCAUCAGGUUCAUCUUUCGGAUUCGUCGCUGCGGUGAAAAGUGCUAGUGUCAGUCUUGCUAGCGGCAGUGCUGUAACACGCCCUCGAGGCAACAGCCGCCGCUCGCUGGCCUAUUCCAGAACCGAGCGCAGCAGCAGAGGUUCUUUCACCGCGACCAGAUUUUCGGAAGACAGUUGCAAUGUCGAGUGGUCAGUUCAGGUUGAUCCGUUGGCAACCGAACGCGCCUUGCAGCGUAGACGCAUCUUGGAGGAACUCAUCAGCACAGAGGAAGGUUAUAUUGCGGAUGUCCGCUUCCUGAUGAAUGUUUACAUUACGAUUCUCGCUUCCCUACCCACUCUACCUCCCGGGCUUAGGUCCUCGAUCAACCGCAAUCUCACGGAUAUCGUCGAACUCCAUGAAGAGCUAUUGGGCGAGCUGCACCGCGCUGUGCCGGACUCAGAGUACACCCAAAUGGAGAUCUCGUCGUUGCCCAGAAAGCCUCCUAGCCGUGGACAUCAGCGAAUGAGGAGUCUCGAUUCUGUACCAGAAGACGACGACAGGGCCAUAAACUGGCUUCAAGAAGUACCUGGUAUGAUUUCCGAAGCACAGGUUGCCGGAGAUGUGGCAAAGGUGUUCAGUAGAAAGAUGAACCGCUUCUUCAUUUACGAGGAAUACGGCGCAAAGUAUGAGAUGAUGAUCAAGGAUGUCGCUUCGGCUCAUCGGACUAUGCCGCAAUGGGAUACCUAUCAGAGGGGCAUUGAGACACUCGCUUCAUCGUUGGGUUCUGCAAACAGUCAUGCCGACCAGGCAAAGAAGUCACUGACUAUUGGAGAUCUCCUUGUCAAGGUUAGCAACGUGCUCCAAUCGGUAUCAGACGUGGUGCUGAUGAACUUUUAG